CACUUUAUCAACUCUACCAAUUUAGUAUGGAUAGUAAUGGUUUGCCCCUAUUGGGAGCCUUGAUCAGUCUAACAUCAAAGUCCAACAUUCGUUUUGUUGGCACACUUUUGAGCAUCAAUCCUCAAGAAGGAGCAGUUUCUUUAGAGCAAGUACGAAGCUAUGGUACUGAAGGUCGUGCCUUGAAUCCUAUGGAAGAAAUCAUGCCUUCAGAUCACGUUUUCCCUCAAAUCAUGUUUAAAGCCAGCGAUAUCAGCGAUCUACGAGUUCUUCAGCCUAGACCCCAGUCAAUGCCCAUUCAUCCACCUUCUCAUCUUGGUGGUCAGCAGCCUGGCUAUCCACCCCUGCAAAAUGGUCAUCCAGGUAUGAACCCAUACUAUCCAUAUCAGCAGGGUGUAGGCUAUCAACAUCCUCCCCCACAACAGUACUGGUCAAACCCUUCACAGCAGCAUCAACAACCAUCUGCUCAACAUCCUACUUUUGUGCGAAUGCCUCAGUCUGUCGAUACUCCUACAACCUCAGCGACUACAGUUCCAGACACGUCUAAUGCUGCUUCAUCUCCAUCUCUCGGUUCUAAUGCGCUGCAGAAAUCAUCUACUGAAAAGUUUAAUAAUAGCAAUGCACCUUUGAACGCCCACGGAGGUUCACGUCCUGCCAAUAACUCAGGCCCUGCUACUGUUUCUCAAACAUCCUCAGUACCUAAAUCCACACAAGACACUUCUGAAGCCGUUGCAAAAUCUCUUGGUCAAAUGAAGAUUGGUGGAGAGCCGCCAUCCAAAGAUUCGGGAGUAACAAAGAAAAAUCCUGGUCUGCCAAAACCCACCCAGUCUAAUCAGGCACGCAAAUCUCAAGCAAAACAUACUGAUUUGCCUCAAGAAAAUACUGAUCUUUUAGCUCUUCCACCUAAACCUCCUGUUGUAAAAGCUGGUGGUAAUACAACUCAGGAUCGUGACCAGCAGCAAACCAAUGAUGGUAAUCGUCACAGCCGUGGACAUAGAGGUACAAACCGAUCUUAUCAUAAUGACCGCUAUAAUAGAAAUUUUCAAAACCAGCGCACUCAAAAGACUGAGAUUCCUGAUUCAGAGUUUGACUUUGAAAGCUCCAAUGCUAAAUUCGAUCGUGCAAUUCCAGAACAGGCUCAAACUGAAGCCACUUUGAAUUCCGAUGCUCAGUUCUACUCCAAGGGUGGCUUCUUUGACAAUAUUUCCUGCGAUAGCCGUGACCGUGUUGAAGGGCAAUGGAUCGAUCGUCACACACGUGCAACUCAAGAGCGCCAGACAAAUAUGGAGACCUUUGGACAAACAGGCUCAUCGCGUGGCGGUCAUCAGCGCAGAUACAAUAACAAUCGUGGAAGCUAUUACCACAAUAACAACAAUGCGAAUGGUAGCUCAUUCAAGCAGUUCAAUAAUGAAACAGGUGGAAAUAAAACUGUAAACUCGAGCGGUGACGGUUCUAACGGUGCUAAUUACAAUCGACGCAGUCGUGGUCGGAAUGAUCAGCAGUAUGAUCAUCGCAAUGCGGGUGAUUCUAAAAAUACUGCAGCUCCUCAGACAACCAAUACUUCCCAGUCAUAACUUUUUGAUGUCCACAUUUGCCAACACUAGCCAUUAUCCGUCUUUUCGGGGCUUUUACCUUUUCUUUUGAUGAAUAUACUGUGGUUUCUAGCUGUGACGGUGUCGGGUUUCACUUGCUGUGCGUUGUCCAACAUCCCUUUAUUACAGCUGUAUUUACGCAAAAUGAAACACUUGUAUUCAUCUUGCAGUCAUUGCCUCUACUUUGCUUCAAAAUAAACAAUGGUUCAAUAUUUGUUGUGGUUUUCUACC